AGAUAUUUAAGAGCAGACGAAGAAACUCCUUCUCAAAAUUGGGUAUUUUAUAUUACGCAACCUUACCAAGCGAAUGUUAUUAUUAAAACUUAACUAUGGCUGUAUGUUUUCCAAAGUCGGAUGAAACAGAAAUGUAUACAUUAUCACCUCAGAGGUGUGUUGGCGUAUUUUGGGAUAUAGAAAAUAUUCUUGUCCCCAAAGAAAAAACUGCUUUCGAUAUCGUUCAGGCUAUCAGAUCAAGAUUCUAUCCGGAAAAUACGAUAGAAUGCGAAUUUAUAUGUGUGUGUGAUGUUACAAAACAAAGAUCAGCAAUUUUACAAAGCCUAGUCGACGCACAAGUUACAGUUGCCCAUGUUCCAGCAACUUGUAAGAAUGCUGCAGACAUUAAAUUAGCUCAAAGUAUUAGAAGAUUUAUUACGACUUACCAAUCACUUGCUACGAUUAUACUCUUAUCUUCCGAUAUAAACUUUUUACCCGAUAUAUCUGAUGCAAGAUAUCGCCAUAAUUGUCACGUUAUACUAAUCCAUAACACUAAUGUAUCGGGUGCCAUGUUGGCCUCAGCUCAUCAUCAUAUCAAUAUUCGAUCCCUUUUAGAGCAAACUGCUCCUCUUCUUCAAAUUGAGGAUCGUGAACGUCAAAAUUCAAACAAUUGCACAAAAGUGCUAGUGAACAAUCUACCAGAUGUUCAACCAUCGUUUCGUGUAGCUUCGAGAUUAAGGAAACUCAGUGAGAACUGUGGUGGAAAAGUACUAAAUAUUGCUGGACCUACGGCUAUUAUGAGAUUUUCUUGCAACACUGAUGCUCAAAGAGCAAAACAAAGAAUGGACGGUCAAGAUGUCUUUGGACAAAAGAUUAAGUUAGAUUUUCUGUACUCAGAUAAUCGUAGGCAUAGAAAAACUAGAAUUGAAAAUUCUAGUACAGAUAGUGAAGGAAAUUCCUUACAAAUUCGCUCAAAGCGACAGGCUUUAUCGGCUCCUUUAAAGCCAAGAAACACAGUUACUGCAAGAUGUCCGCCUGAAAACAAAACGAGUGAUCCUAAAACUUCCGAAUCCAGAAAAUAUAGUUAUAGCGAACAUAGACGCAGUCAUGAAUUGUCAAAUGGACACAGUGUUGUACAAACAAAGAGAUACAUGGCAUCAUAUCAAGAAAGUUUUUCAAACCAGACAGUAGAUGGCGAGUUGGAGGACAAGUAUUCAAAAGCAGGAAAAUUAUUUGACGACAGAUUGCGGUUAAAAGAGUAUAUUGUUCAUACUUUAGAACAGAGCAAUCAAUUCACUUUAAGAUUGCAAGUUCUUCAGAGAAUUCUCCUUGAAGAGUUUAGCUGCAACUUUGAUUUGCUGCAGUUAUUUUACUUUAGUGAUAUUAUUUAUUUUUGGAAAGAUAACAGUGAAGUCUAUGUGACUUUAAAUAAAGAUAACGAAAAAAAACCAACAGUCGAUUCUCGAUCAUGUGGGAAAGAUGUAGAUCCUAAUUAUGCACUACCGCACGUUAACUUAUCGCUAAGAAUAUUAACACCAAGAAUACACACUUUGAUUGCUGAUCACGGUGGAUCCCUACCUUUAGAUAUAUUUCCAACAGAAUACGAAAAACACUUUGAAAGUAUGGCUUCUUUACUAGAUGAAGAUGGAGUGUCUUUUGAACAUCUCAUUUCUUGCGUGCCAGGAGUGAGAAUUUCCAAAAUCAAUAAAAGAAAAGUAGUUGUGGCGAGGAAAGAUGGUGGUGAUGAUGAUAAUGAAGGUAAAAUAAAACAGAUAAACGACGAUAAGUUAAUUCUAUUGGGAUCGGAGAUUACUUUAAUGUUGAGUCAAAAUCGUGGCUGCAUGAUAUCUCUUGAAUCUUUUUUAGAUCACUAUUUAUGCCGCUAUAACAAGCUCUGUAACCCUAAGGAUUACGGAUGUUGUAAUUUAGAUGAUCUACUCAAUAAACUCAAACAAAUUGUUCAGGUGUUAGGAAGUGGAUUAAAUCGUCUGCUAACUCUUUCUCACAAUGUUCAAGUCUGUAGAUUUGUUAAAGUUCUUGUCGAUCUAGUCAAGUCAGAAAAUCGUACUCGUUUUGAUAUUCCCGAUAUUUUGGCUCUGUAUAGAACUCGAUAUAACAAAGAAUUUGAUCCACGGAACUAUGGCUUAUGUUGUAUAGAAGACUUACUCUCAAGCAUACACGAUCCACAUAUCAAAAUUGAAAGAGAGAAUGGUAAAACUAUCAUAUCUUACUACAAUGAGAAUACCGAUAUAAAGAACUUGCAACAUAAAUUGGUUCGCUAUAUAAUGAUACAUCACGGCUGCGUCUCUUUAAGCGAAUGUAGUAAAAGGUUCCCCGAUUGCAAAAAUCUGACGAUAGCGGCUGAGAAAUUUGAUAAAACAAUAAUACAAAUGUGUGUAACAAAGAAGAAUGUCAAGAUACUUGUUUUGGGAACAGAAUUUAUUCGAAAUUGGUUCUGCGAAAGACUUUUCCUUUAUCUGCAAGGAAAGAAAGUCCUAGAACUGAAGGAUUUCAAAUUAUGUACACUUGGCAUUGAUCAAAGAAUCACAUUUGAACAUCUUGGUGUGACAAACUUAAACGAACUCUUUUCAUUAUUUCCUGAAAUUUGCAAGAUAGAAGAAAGUAUUGCCAAUGCUACAGUUAGAAUGAAUACAGCAGAGGAGAAUUCUAAAUAUAUUUCAAGACUUUUGCCAUUAGUUAUGGACAAAACAGUUGAUGGAGGUUUGGACCUAGAUUUGAUGCAAAAAUAUUAUCAGAAUCGUUAUUCGUGUGGUUACUUAAGUCAAAGUGUUAUUGAACAUAUACUCAAAGAUAUGAUUGUUAUCUACGAUUACGAAGAUCUAGAGCAGUCUCUUGUAUAUCUUACUCCACUGUAUAGUUUUGCCAGAGAUGCCAGACAAAUUUUGGUAAAAACUCAUUCUUGGAUUACAACUGAGGAUUUUAAAACGUAUUAUCAAGAUAAAUUCAAGCAAAAGUUGGAGACAAGAAUUUAUGGAAAGAAAGAUAUUGUAUCAUUAUUCUAUUCGAUUUCGGAGGUCAUCGAAAUCAUUGAACAUCCUGAAAAGGCGGAUGUGUUGGUAAAACUUAAGAGGGAUUUUCGACCAAUGAUGAGACUAUCAACAAAAAAUAGAAAUCGUUUAGCUGCCGAUUUUGGCCAAUUGUUUUGA